AUGAGCAGCAGCAGAGCUGGUAGGAACCUGGAUCAGAAAGUGGCCAUAGUCGCUGGGUCCACAAAAGGGAUUGGCCUGGCCGUGGCCCGGCGUCUGGCUAGGGAUGGGGCCCACGUGGUGAUCAGCAGCCGGAAGCAGCAGAACGUGGACAGUGCUGUCGCCAUGCUGCACGGGGAGGGACUGAGCGUGACGGGAACCGUGUGCCACGUGGGGAAGGCCGAGGACCGCGAGCAGCUGGUGGCCAAGGCUCUGGAGCACUAUGGGGGUGUGGACUUCCUGGUGUGUGUGGCAGGGGUCAACCCUCUGGUUGGGAGCACCCUGGGUGCCAGUGAAGAGGUGUGGGACAAGAUCCUGGACGUGAACGUGAAGGCCCCGGCCCUGCUGCUGAGCCGGCUGCUGCCCCACAUGGAGAACAGGGGGGGCGGCUCGGUGGUCCUGGUCUCCUCCGUAGUAGGGUACCUGCCCAUUCCAAAGCUGGGAGUCUACAACACCAGCAAAACAGCCCUGUUGGGCCUUACCAAGUCUCUGGCCAUGGAGCUGGCUCCUAAAAACAUCCGGGUCAACAGUCUGGUGCCAGGAAUAAUCAAGACAGACUUUCUUCAAAUGGUGAGGGUCAUCGAAGCUGCUUAUUCUCCCUUGCUGCGCCCUCACCUCCUCUCUCUUCCCUUCAGGUAUGGGGAGCCCGAGGACUGUGCGGGCCUCGUGUCCUUCCUGUGCUCCUCUGAUGCCAGUUACAUCACCGGGGAGAACAUUGUGGUGGCUGGCUACUCCCCUAAGCUGUGA